UCCCAGUGUUACGUACUUACCAGGAAAUGGGGUGCAGCCAGUGAGCAGGUUCAACUGGAAAAGCUAACCCGUAUGCAAAAAAAGAUCGUCAGCUGUAAAACAGAGCAUAUUAGCCAAGUUACAGGAAGCAGUGGAAGUCAAUCUCGGGACGGCCAUGACCUACACGUUGUUUGAAUAUGCCAAGGAAAAUAAAGAGCAGCUCAUGGAGAAUCAUCAUCCUGUUCCUUCUGCUACGUCCAUAAGCAAUAUCAUCUCAGUGGAAACUCCUAACACAGCCCCAUCAAGUAAGAAAAAAGACAAAAAAGAACAACUUUCAAAAGCCCAGAAACGUAAGCUGGCAGAUAAAACAGAUCACAAAGGAGGACUUCCUCGAGGUUGGAACUGGGUUGAUGUGGUGAAGCAUUUAAGCAAAACUGGCUCUAAAGAUGAUGAAUAGCACUUGGAAUUUGAGACGAGGGAGGAAGAGCAUCCUAAAAGGUACUGUUAUGAAUGGUCAAUAUGAGAAUUUAUUACAUUUAUUUUAGGAUUUUACUCUUAUGCACUCAAGUUCUUCCUGUAUUCUUACUUGACUGAACAGGUAGUGCAAGAAUUUUGGAUGUUCAGAAAAAGGUACAUUGUGAAAUUCUGGUUAAAGUCAGAAAUAUUUG